AGGUUUGGGGCGAACCCUUGCUUUUUGCUGUAUUCACUAUUCAUUAUUAUUCAAUUUCAAAUCCAGAGCCGGGAGGUUUCGGGCAUCUAUAGUGCAGAAUCAGCAAAUUUGUGUGAAAUGCAAAAAGAGUCCCCAAACUUUCCAAACGUUUAUAUUUUCCCACGCUCCUCCUCCUACCACAGUCCACAGCUACCUCAGAUAACGUUUCAACGAUGGAUAUGGAGUUAGCUCUUCGAAGCCCUAAUCACAUGGCCCUGCCACCCUCCCCUACGGCAGCAGAUCCUGCUCCUCCACCCGCGCCGUCUAAUAACGGUUUUAUCUUCCCAUUUCCCAAAAGACCGACCCUUAGAGUGACCACUGAGUUCGACAGUGAAAGCACUGUCUUCUUCCACAAGAUCUCCUGCAAAUUCUUCGAUAGCCUUGCCAAGUUUAAGCUUUCGUUUCAAAAUAGCAGCAAAGGCGAUGUCUCCGAACCCCAGCUGAGUUUCGUUUCCAAGCACUUGAGUAUCCACUAUGACCUUGAAGACCAGAAUGCUCUCGUCAAGAGUUCCUUUGACAUUGGUCCCAAAUUGCACCUCAAAGCUGCUCAUGAUGUCAAGGCUCAACAAGGAGAGGUUACAAUGGUUGCAGAUUUGGCAGAUCCUGGCUAUGCGCUCGAAUUGUCAACUGCAGUUCCAACUGUUGGAUUGCCAAAAGCAACCUUUAGAUUUCCUGUCGGUGAAAUUUCACUACAGGAGGAAGAACAGGAGGAAUUCAAGCGAUUGCUGUCUGUGAAUGGAAUUGUUAAAGCACAACUUUUGAAUGGAACCGGCACUGCCCAAUACAAGGAUGAAGAGAUGAACUUAAGAUACUCUUACAAGGAUGAACAAAUGUCAUUUAUUCCAAGCUUGUCUCUACCUUCGAAUGCUCUGUCAUUUGCAUUUAAACGCCGUUUUGGUCCUUCAAACAAGCUAAGUUACUGGUACAACUUUGAUUCCAACUACUGGAGUGCAGUCUACAAGCGCACUUACGGCCAAGACUUCAAAUUUAAAGCUGGUUAUGAUUCAGAGGUUCGCCUUGGCUGGGCUUCUCUUUGGGUUGGGCAAGAAACUGGCAAGGCUAAAACAGCCCCUAUGAAGAUGAAAGUUCAGUUCAUGCUCCAAGUGCCUCAAGACGACAUAAAAUCCUCAGCUUUAAUGUUUCGGGUGAAAAAGAGAUGGGACAUAUGAGUUCACUAGCAAAUUUUCCAGCUUCUUUUGUACAGGCCUCUUAAAUCAGUACCUUACCUUCGUUGCAGUUUCCUUAUUGUCAUAAGUUGUUAGAUACAAAAGCGUGACGUGGAUUUACACAGGAGUGACGUUGAUCUGUUGAUAACUCUCCUCCAUUCAGCUAAUUCAUCAGAAAAAAAUUAUACUUGUUGAAUUA